GUUUUGCCUUACUAUGCUCUUUUUCUAAUUCAUAUUAUACUGUUUUAAAACAAAAUACAAAUUAGGGUUUCAAGAAGAUUUAUUAUAUAAUAUUGAAGAAAUCAAUUUAAAAAUAAUAUGGCUACUAGAAGUCUCACCGACAUAUUUUUGUUAAUGCGAACAAAUUCCAUCCAGAGUAGAGGAAUAUAUUCAUUUCAAGGAUCUAAACUUAAUGAUUAUGAUACAGAUAGUGAUGAAGGUAUUAAUGACAAAGCAGCGUUGAUGGAAGCUGGUCGUUCUAUGGUAAAAACAAAUUCUAUUGAAAUGCGUUCUCAGGAAAAAUCUCCACCUACAUGGACUGGAUUACUUGAAGAUGCUCAAUAUUCCAUUACCAGGUUACAGAACAAAUUAAAAGAAUUACAAUCAUUACAAGAUGUACAAGUAUCGAGGCCUACCCUAAAUGAUUCUAGCUUACAAGAGAAACAAAUCCAAGAUCUCACAUUAGAUAUUACAAGAAUAUUUGGUUCAACAAAAAAAAUUAUUCAACAAAUCAGAUUACAUUCAAGUGGAUUAUCUGGCAACAAAGAAUCCCAACUGUCAUAUAAUGUGUCAUCUGCUCUAGUGUCAUCAUUACAAAAUUUAUUCAACGAAUUUCGAAAUUCACAACAAAUUUAUCUCAACAAAAUCAAACACAGAGAAGCUAUGUCAUCACAAAUGUGUUUUGAAACCGAAGAGAACACUUCAAAUUCUGAUUUACUAGAUAUGUUUGGUAAUGGUUCAUCUAGUUCUUUUGGACAACAGUUACAGAUGCAACAGUCAAAUCAAACACAAACAUUUGCUGCUAUACUUAUUGAAGAAGAAAAUGCUAAAAUGGCCGUUCAGUGGGAACGUGAAGCAAAUCAAAUAUCUAGUUCUGUUCUUGAACUUAAUAACAUAUUUAAAGACCUUGCACAUAUGGUCGUUCAACAAGGUAGUGUUUUAGAUCGGAUAGACUACAAUAUCGAACAGACUGAAAUCAGAGUAAAAAAAGGUGCAGCUGAAUUAAUUAAAGCAGAAAAAUAUCAUCGAAGCAAUCGAAAAAUGAAAUGUAUUUUGAUUCUAGCUCCUAUUUCCAUAAUGUUAUUAAUUCUUUUGGACAUAACAAAAUUUUAAGAAAUUUUUUAUGGUCUUAUUCCUCAUCUACCAAAAAUAUUAUUUAUUAUUUAUUGUUAUUUAUUAUAAAUGUAUAUGGAAUUAUUAUAUUCACCAUUAAUACAGUUGAAACAAAA